AUGAAUUUAGCAGAGAUUUGUGAUAAUGCCAAAAAAGGAAGAGACUACGCACUCCUUGGGAAUUAUGACUCUUCUAUGGUAUAUUACCAGGGUGUCAUCCAGCAAAUCCAGAGACAUUGCCAGUCUAUCAGAGAUCCAGCAAUUAAGGGCAAAUGGCAACAGGUCCGACAAGAAUUAGUUGAAGAAUAUGAACAAGUUAAGAGCAUUGUCAACACUUUAGAGAGUUUUAAGAUGGAGAGACCUGCAGAUAUCCCUGUAUCCAGCCAAGAUGAGUCUUUCCGAGAUCCUGCUGUUUGGCCCCCUCCUGUUCCAGCUGAGCACAGGGCUCCACCUCAGACAAAACGUCCCAGCCGCGAGGUAAAACCUCUGAGGAAAGACUCACCAGGCCUGCAGCCUCGCGGGCCUGUGGGCAGAGCACACGCGGUAGCCAAGGGUGAGAAGCCUGCAGGCAGCCGUGAAAGGGAGUCCAGAGCCAGAGGAAGAGAUGACAAGGUAAGAAAGAACAAUGAAAGAACUGGUAGUGAAAGGGAAAUUCCAAAAUUUGAUGAAGCGGGUUACAACAAAGAUUUGGUCCAAGCUCUUGAAAGGGAUAUUGUCUCAAGGAAUCCGAACAUUCAUUGGGAUGACAUAGUGGAUUUGGAAGAAGCCAAGAAAUUAUUAAGAGAAGCUGUUGUUCUUCCAAUGUGGAUGCCUGACUUUUUCAAAGGGAUCAGAAGACCUUGGAAGGUGGGAAUUCAUUUGGUGUUUUAG